GGAGGAGCGGCCGUUGACCACGGACGUGCUCGUGUUUGGUGAUGAUGACUACGACAGCGACGACAGCGACUCCAGCAAUGAUGAGAUCGUGGAGCAUAUCGAUCCAACGCCUUACGACCACAAUGCUCUUCUGCGAUACAUGGUUUUGAUGUGGAUACGACUCUUCCUUCAAGGCUGAAAAUGGGGGGCAGCCCCUUGUGUUUCGACCCAGUUCGGUGGCCUCAUCUCGACGACCCAUACGAUAUUGACUAUGUGAAUAAGGCAGCCAAGCUUGCCAUUGAUGGAAUCAAUCUUGACAAUCUUGAAAUGGAAAACAAAACUAGUUUUGAGCUUGUGGAAGUUACCAAGGUUGUGACUGUGGAACUCCCAUACGAUCUGCUAUUUUUGACUCUAGCUGUAAAAAAAGUUGUCGAAGAAGGAGAAGAAGCAGAAGUGGAAACUAUCCGAGCAGUUGUGCAUCACCCCAUAUGUGAACCGAUGGAACUCCAUCAGUGGAUGUUUGCUAAACCAGAGGUCAUAGCACCGGUAACUGUGGCUGGUUGCAAGCUCGAUAGGAGAGAUGAAGAGUACAGUUUGAGUGUUGAAAUGAUGCCGCUUAUGCAGCAGUUUUGGGAGAUUGAGACUUACAUAGAAUGUUCGGCAGCUAAUAUGCUCCAGAUCCAAGAAGUGUUCUACCUUGCUCAAAAGGCUAUCCUACACCCUACAGCUCCUCUGUUUGAUCAAGAAACCCAAGCUUUAAGGCUACGAUGCAUGAGAGCACUGAAAAGGAUAUUCACUCUUUAUGAUCUUGAUAUGGAUGGUGCUCUCAAUGAUGACGAGCUAAAUGAAUUUCAGAGUGUUGAAUUAACUAGUGAAGCAGAAGAGUUUCUAAAGGGAAUCUUCAGCACAUUCGAUGAGGACAAAAGAGACAACAUCAAGUCUAUAGAGGGAGAGAGAAUUCAGAUGAAGAUGAGGAAUAUUUUCAUCACAUGCUUAUGUUUAGCUUUAGCUUCAGCAGAUACUCUGCAGAAUUCGGAUUUCGAAUGCCCACCAACUGACUGGAAUGAAACAUCCUCUGCGUUCUUUCAACUGAACGGCAGUAGCAUCCCAGGGUGGACACACGACGGCGCAGUGCAGUAUGUCACGGCUGGAGGUGAGCUGUCGCUGCAGUUAUGUUGUUAAGUUGGGAAACCACCAAAUCGCGAAGAAAAAAGAACCAGAGUUUUGAGAAAAUCGAUCUGGGGGAUGGAUUUUCGUGAAAGGCAAAGCGUGUGAUGCCUUACAAUAGUUUGAGGCCUCGAAUGUUAUCCUAUUGUUUAUUCUGUAAUCUUUUUGAUAUAGGAGGGAAUCAUUUUACAUUUUUUUUAAAUGAGCUAAGUUAUCGGGAAAGAAAAAAGAUGGAUUUGUUUGAUUGUAUUAUU